AUGGCAUAUGAUCGAUAUGUUGCCAUCUGCAACCCUUUACUCUACGUUAUUCUCAUGCCUCGGAAACUCUGUAUUCAACUGAUUGUUAUCACAUAUGUUUAUGGUUUAACUGUGGGUCUUGUACAGACAGUGGUGACAUUCUGCUUGUCUUUUUGUGACUCCAAUAUGGUCAACCAUUUCUACUGUGAUGAUGUUCCUUUGAUUGCUUUGGCCUGCUCUGACACUCAAGUCAAAGAAUUGACGUUGUUAAUCAUUGCUGGGUUCAAUACCCUUUGCUCUCUACUGAUUGUGUUAAUUUCUAAUGGCUUCAUUCUCUUUGCCAUCCUUAGAAUCCGCUCUGCUGAAGGAAGACAGAAAGCCUUUUCCACCUGUGUGUCCCACCUGACCUCCAUCACAAUAUUUUAUGGGACCAUUAUUUUUAUGUGCUUACAGCCCAAGAAAAGCCAUUCUCUGAACACCGAUAAAUUUGCUUCAGUGUUUUAUGUGGUGGUGAUUCCCAUGCGAAACCCAUUAUCUAUAGCUUGAGAAAUCAGGAGGUAAAAAAAUGCACUGAAGAGAAUAAUAGAAAAGUUGUGUUUGGUUAUCGGAUAAACGAAGAAUCAUAUGACAGGGAUCAGGAAACUCAGAGUUAUGUCUUGUCUAGUGUCACAGUGCUGGUAAAUGACAAAAUCAAAUAUCUUACUUCAAGCGCUCAAGCUCACUUUUCGGAGGUA